CAUUUCGGUUUCAACCGAUCUUGGGAUUGAUUUCAAUCAUUCACGCUCGUGGCUCUCUAAAUAAAUAUACAGAGACAAUACAGUUCUUCAUUCAUGCCAAAUUUGAAAGUACAUAGUACUUUAAAUCUGUAAUACUAGACGCGAAAGCGUGACUUUUAAAAGUAGAUUUCCGGAAAUUUUCUCCCUCUUUGCUUCCCUCCUUUUUGUUUCUCCAUUACUGAAACCAAGCAAUGAUGGAAAAAGAAGCGAAAAAGGAAGCCUUUAGAAAGUAUUUAGAGUCUAGCGGCGCUAUUGAUUCUCUAACUAAAGUUCUUGUUGCAUUGUAUGAGCAAGAUAACAAGCCUUCCUCUGCUAUAGAAUUUGUGCAACAAAAAUUGGGGGGACCUACUGUUGCUGAAUAUGAGAAACUUCAGACUGAGAUGUCAAAGCUGCAGGCAAAAUACAAGGAGCUUCUGGCCACCCAUCAAGAGACUUGUAAGCAGUUAGAACAGUACAAAAUUUCUUCCACCAUAACCACCUCAGAGGAAACCAUUGAAGAUAAGUCUCAGAAGGUGAACCAUGAAGAUGACAACGAAGCAGCAGUACACUAGACUAAGAUGAAUCCAGCUUAACAAGUUUUGUCGAUAUAAAGGAUUUGAGUGAAGGCUGAUAUAGCUUUCUGAUUCUUGUUCUUGUUGCUGUGUGACCAUCUGCAGUAACUAGAAUGAAUAUGAAUUCUUGUGUAAAGUAAUGGCUUAUUAUUUUUUUACCUCUUUAGGGGUAAUUAAUUGGGUUUCUAUUUGUAAAGGUCUAAGAGAUAUACUUGAACUUCAUUGUCUUUGGAGAACAAAAUUUAUGGGGUAUGGAUUUGUAAUGGCUUAUACAUUUGCUUUGUGAACUCUGAUGAAGUUGUAUAGAUUUGGAUGCAAUGUAUAUACUCUAUUUAUUGAA